AUGUGGACCUGCUUAAAACAAAGAGGUAUACCAAAUAAAAUCAUCGGUAUAAUCCAGGCCUUAUACGGAGGUAGUACAUGUGGAGUCGUGCAUGACCAAGUUCUGGGAGCCCCUAUUGAGAUGACAGCGGGUGUUAAGCAGGGCUGUCUCCUGUCUCCGUUACUAUUCAUUAUGUUACUGGAUGACAUAAUGUGGGAAGUGGUGCCGACACCGCGGGGCAUUGAAUGGAGCGAAAAUAUCUUAGAAGACCUUGACUAUGCAGACGACAGUGUUGAUGACACCGAUUUUGGAUCAAAUGAUGGUUCGGACGAAGAUAUAGAGAUACGAAAUAGGAAAGCCAGGGGUACUUUCGCGCAGUUGAAACCAGUCUGGGAGUCAAGUGUCAUGACCCGUCGGAUCAAGCUGAUCCUGUUCGACUCCAUUGUCAAGAGUGUUCUCCUGUUCGGAUGUGAGACCUGGAGAGUAACCAAGACACUCACGAACCGACUGCAGCAACAAACCCAUUCUUUCGAUAGCGUGCAUAAUGUAAUGGCGUCAUGCGGCACUCGUGUUUCCACUAAUAUGCCCAUCACUGCUGUAUUCCUGCUGGCGUCUCGUGGUCGACCCCAGUUUGCUGGUAGGCCACUGCGGUGA